ACCCUGGGAUAAAGAAUGCAUCUGACCGCCUGUGAGCCCACCGCCAUGUCCACCACCACAGCAAUGGACCCAGCUGCGGAUGCCGGUCUAAUGCAGCUCAGCGGCUCCGCCUCCGUGGAUGACAUCAAUGGACGGCCUGUGGCCAUGGAGUCAUCAGGGGAAGAGUCUGCCUGUGAGAGGGAGGAGGAAGUGGAGACCCCAGGUGAGCCCGUCCCUCAGCCCAUCGAGACUCGGGACCCACACACACAGAAAGGUGAGGCACCACGUCUCGAGACUUCGUCCCCGCUCGUGCCCACUUCCCAGCUGUGGACCAGCCGCGGCGACGGGACCGUGAAGCUGAGGAUGUCAGAGUCUGGGCCGGCUGCCGAGCCACCUGUCACCGUGCACGAGCUCUUCACCAGGACGGUGGAGAGAUUCGGGGGCCAGACUGCACUGGUCAGGAAGGAGGGCGAGAAAUGGAGGACACUAAACUUCAAAGAGUACUAUGAACAGUGCAGAGCUGCUGCUAAGAGCUUCCUCAAGCUGGGUCUGGAACGCUACCACAGCGUGGGCAUUCUGGGCUUCAACUCCACCGAGUGGUUGAUCUCCAAUAUUGGAGCGAUUUUCGCAGGCGGGUUUGGUGUGGGCAUCUAUACCACCAGCUCUCCGGAAGCAUGCCGGUAUGUGGCCGAAAACUGCCAGGCCAACAUCCUGGUGGUGGAGAAUCACACGCAGCUAGAGAAGAUCCUUGAGGUUCAAGACAAGCUUCCACACUUGAAAGCCAUAAUCCAGUACAGCGGUGAAUUAAAAGAAUCAAGGUCAAAUGUAUUCACGUGGGCGGAGUUCAUGCGGAUGGGGCAAGAAGUACCCGAUGCCCAGCUGGAUGGCAUCAUCGCCAGCCAGAAGCCCAACCAGUGCUGCUGCAUGAUUUACACCUCGGGAACCACGGGGGCGCCUAAGGGCGCGAUGCUGAGCCACGACAAUGUGACCUGGGUGGCCCGGCAGUCCGUGAAAUACAUGGGGUUCACGGACGCCGACGUCAAGCAGGAGGUGGUGGUCAGCUACCUGCCGCUGAGUCACGUCGCCGCGCAGAUCAUUGACAUCUGGAUGAUGUUGACGAUCGGGGGGGCCACCUACUUCGCUCAGCCGGAUGCCCUAAAGGGCUCUCUGGUCAACACGCUAAGGGAAGUGCGGCCUACGUGCUUCUUGGCCGUGCCUCGCGUGUGGGAGAAGAUGCAGGAGGGGAUCGUGUCCACCUCCGCCAAGUCCUCCGCCAUACGCAAGAAGGUGGCCGUCUGGGCCAAGGGCGUGGGGCUGAAGACCAACCUCCGCAUGAUGCAGGGCACGGCGCCGUCGGGACCCCCCCUGGACUACCUGCUGGCGAAGAAGCUGGUGUUCCGGAAGGUCCGCAAGGCCCUGGGCCUGGACCGCUGCACCACAUGCUGCACCGGGGCUGCGCCCAUCGCCAAGGAGACGCUGGAGUUCUUCCUCAGCCUGGACAUCCCUCUCUUCGAGCUGUACGGCAUGAGCGAGUGCUCCGGUCCCCAAAGCUUGUCCCUGAACCACAGCUUCCACCUCGGCAGCUGUGGGAAGAAUUACCCUGGAAGCAUGACAAAGAUCUUGAACCCGGAUGACAACGGAGAGGGAGAGAUCUGCAUGUGGGGCCGCCACGUCUUCAUGGGCUACCUCAACAUGCCCGACAAAACUGCGGAGGCGCUGGACGACGAAGGCUGGCUGCGCUCCGGGGAUCUGGGCCGGCGCGACGCAGACGGCUUCCUCUACAUCACAGGGCGCAUCAAAGAACUGAUCAUCACUGCUGGUGGAGAGAACAUCCCACCAGUGCCCACUGAGGAUGCUGUGAAGGAGGCCGUGCCGCUGAUCAGUAACGCCAUGCUCAUCGGGGACAAGAGGAAGUUCCUCUCCAUGCUGCUCACCAUCAAGUGCAAGAUGAACCUCGAGACGGGCGAGCCGACGGACGAGCUGACGGACGAGGCGGUGGAGCUGUGCCGCAGGCUGGGAAGCGGCGCCACGCGGGUCUCCGAAAUCGCCGGCGGGCGGGACCACGCCGUCAACGCCGCCAUACAGGACGGCAUCAGCCGCGCCAACGAGCGCGCCGCCUCCAACGCCCAGCGCGUCCAGAAGUGGCUUGUGCUAGACAGGGAAUUCUCCGUCCCGGGGGGAGAGCUGGGACCCACAAUGAAGCUGAAGAGGCCAAUGGUCUUGAAGAUGUACCAAGAGCAGAUUGACAAAUUCUAUAACGAUGCGUAGACUCCCACCAGCCCUGUCAACAUCGUGCUUCUGAAAUGAGACUUGACAGUACAAUCUCCCCAACCCCGCACGCCAUUCCGAGACCAGAUCUACAGAAAUGCACCGAAUGCUCAUUUCAAAUUCUGUGAAAAAAUGUAAUGUCUGUAUAACUAACUUUUUUUUUUAUUUUUUAUUUUUUUUACUUUAAUGUUUUGGGUGUGGUUAAACUGGGAAAUAAUUUGUAAAUAUCAAAUUUGUUUAUUUUUAAACAGUAUUUAUUAAUAAAAAUCAGGGUUCAUACA